AUGGCCUUGUGUACCGUGCGCCCGGCUCUAGUGAGUAUCCAGCUGACUGCCCUAUGGAAGUCUAUAGGCGGCCUGCCAGCUCCGUGCACCAGCAAAAUCAAACCCAGCCAUGGGCGUUCUGUGACCACCAACUCCAUUGACUACCAAAGACUAUUUGGACUGAUAAGAAGUGUAAAGUAUGUACACAGAGCGUAUUCAUCACAGCGCUCCCUCAAUGAAGUGGUAAUUGUUAGUGCAGUAAGGACCCCAAUAGGGUCAUUCCAAGGCUCCCUGUCAUCUUUUCCUGCUACCAAGCUUGGCUCCAUAGCUAUUAAAGCUGCUGUUGAAAAGGCAGGUAUUUCUCCAGAGGAGGUGAAUGAGGUCUAUAUGGGGAAUGUCCUACAGGCUGGACAGGGUCAAGCCCCCAGCAGACAGGCCACUCUUGGUGCAGGCUUACACAUCUCCACUCCCACCACUACUAUAAAUAAAGUCUGUGCCUCAGGAAUGAAGUCUAUUAUGCUGGCAGCACAGUCUCUGAUGUGUGGACACCAGGAAGUCAUGGUGGCUGGAGGGAUGGAGAGCAUGUCUAAUGUUCCUUACUGCAUGAGCAGAGGAGCCACCCCAUACGGAGGAGUAAGAUUGGAAGACUUAAUAGUGAAAGAUGGACUGACUGAUGUCUACAAUAAAUUCCACAUGGGAAAUUGUGCAGAAAACACAGCCAAGAAGUUAAAUAUCAGAAGGGAAGACCAAGAUAAUUAUGCCAUCAGCUCUUACACCAGAAGCAAAGCUGCCUGGGACUCUGGACUGUUGGCCAGUGAGAUCACCCCUGUUACUAUUCCACAAAAAGGAAAACCUGAUCUUGUUGUACAAGAGGAUGAAGAGUACAAAAAAGUAGACUUCAGCAAGUUUCCAAAACUUAAAACUGUCUUCCAGAAAGAAAACGGUACUGUAACAGCAGCCAAUGCCAGCACUCUGAAUGAUGGGGCAGCAGCUUUGGUUCUCAUGACAUCAGAAGCGGCAACCAGACUUAAUGUCACACCUCUGGCACGUAUUUUGGCAUUUGCGGACGCUGCAGUAGAUCCAAUUGACUUUCCAAUUGCCCCGGCAUAUGCAGUUCCCAAGGUUCUAACAGCUGCCGGUGUUAAGAAGAACAAUGUUACGAUGUGGGAAAUAAACGAAGCAUUCAGUGUAGUUGUUUUGGCCAAUAUCAAAAUGUUGGAUAUUGACCCUACUAAAGUUAAUGUCAAUGGAGGAGCAGUCUCUCUUGGGCAUCCUAUUGGGAUGUCCGGGGCCAGGAUUGUUGGACACAUGGCUCAUGCUUUGAAGAAGGGAGAGUUUGGUGUUGCUGGAAUCUGUAAUGGUGGGGGAGGAGCCUCUGCCAUCCUGAUCGAGAAACUGUAAAACAAUAAAUGGGGCAGCCAUACUUUGCACAGUUUAUAAUCUGUUUGGUUACAUCUGUUACAUCAGUCUUUGCUCACAGGGUGAAGAACAACUUUCUUGUACUAGACUAAACUAUCUCAUUUGGUAAAGAACACAGCACACCUUUCCUGGUCCUCCUUUAAAAGCACUUAAUUUUCAAGUCUGAACUAUUCUCUCUGUUG